AUGGCAUCUAAGUUUGUGAUUGUUGCUCUGCUGGUGGCUGCUGCUCAAGGCAGCGCUAUCCAUGGUGCCGACUACACCAGCUUCUCAUACGGAGUGUCCGACCCCCACACCGGUGACGUCAAGAGCCAGCACGAGACCCGCGUCGGAGACAGUGUGGUCGGCCAGUACUCGCUCCUCGACUCCGACGGCACAAAGCGCACUGUGGACUACGCCGCUGACGCUCACUCUGGAUUUAACGCCGUCGUCCGCAAAGACCCCGCUCUCUACGCUCACGCCGCCCCCGUCGUCGCUCACGCCGCUCCCGUCGUAGCUCACGCCGCUCCCGUCGCCUACGCCGCUCCCCUCGCCCACGGCUACGCCGCCGCUCCCUUGGCUCAUGGAUACUCCCACGGUGUUGCUACCUACGGCGCUGUCGCCGCUCCCCUGGCUCAUGGUGCCGUAGCUUACGGUGCUCAUGCUGCUCCCCUCGCCUACAACGCUGGAGUCUACGGUGCUCAUGUCGCUCCUCUCGCUCAUGGUGCCAUCGCCUACGGUGCCCAUGGCGCUCACGGUCUCUACGGUGCUCAUGGUGCUCAUGGUCUCUAUGGCGCCCACCUGUACUAA